AGAUACCCUCUAAUCAACUCUAUGAUCCUAGAUUCGGGGUCAACCAUUUAUAUCGCCAACUAUCUAAGUAGGUUCAAAAGGCCUCCUACGUUGGCCGCGCCUAAUGACUAUGGCAUUACAGUCCUUACGCUAUACAAUGUAGCCUACUGCCUAACCUUUGUAUACAACAUUGUGUCGUUGGAGCAGCUCAAUCGACGAGGGAUCUGGUAG